AUGGCGACGUGCAGGGCUCUCGUUCGCCAAUGUGCUUUGCAUAUGCGCUCAUGUAGACCUUUGAGUCAUUCGCUACGUCAAUUACCUAGAUGCAACCUUUUCCCUCGGAGCUAUGCGACCUCGGUGGCUGCCGCCGAACUCAAAUUUGGCCAGCCGUUACAUGAGACGCAUCCCCACAUCCUCAGCUCGGGCGAACUGACACCGGGAAUCACUGCCCUUGAAUAUGCGCAACGCCGAUCCAAGCUCGCCAACAAGCUACCCAAAGGCGCGAUUGCAGUGCUGGCCGCCUCAGAGGUCAAGUAUCGUGCCUCGGGGAUUUUCAAUGAAUACCGCCAGGACUCAAAUUUCUUUUACCUGACUGGAUUCAACGAACCGAAUGCGCUGGCGAUUAUCGGGAAUGACGGCUCGGGCGACAACCAUAUCUUCCAUCUAUACGUGCGGGAAAAAGACCCCAAGGCAGAGCUUUGGGAUGGAGCACGCUCCGGCACUCAGGCGGCCAGAGAUGUCUUCAAUGCCGACGAGCAAGGACAGACAGGCAAUAUUGAGCGUAUUGGGGAAAUCCUGCCCAGCAUUAUUCACGGUGCCACGGAGGUUUACUCGGAUAUUCCCUCAUUUGAUGGUUCAAGAUCAUCCUUGAAUCGGUAUUUGUAUGGUCCCACGGUUGCAUCGGAGAAGCUUAAGAAGAUGGUGGAUCAUCGCAGAGUCAGGCCAUUGAAACAUAUGCUCAACGAAAUGAGGGUGACCAAGAGUGAGAACGAGGUUGUCCAAAUGCGUCGCUUGGGGCAAGCUUCCGGCAGAUCUUUCACGGAGGCUAUGCGCCAGGACUUCACCCGUGAAAAGGAUCUCUACUCUUUCUUGGAAUACCAGUUCAAGGUCAAUGGAUGCGACACCAACGCCUUUGUCCCGGUAGUUGCGGGUGGUCAGAAUGCCUUGGCUAUUCAUUACACCCGAAACGACGAUGUGCUGAAGGAUGGCGAUCUCGUGCUGGUUGAUGGUGGUGGCGAAUGGGGAACAUACAUUUCUGACAUUACCAGAACUUGGCCCGUCAACGGCAAGUUCACUGAUCCUCAACGGGAUCUGUACAAUGCUGUUCUCAAAGUGCACCGGAGUUGUCUCUCCCUGUGCCGCGAGACUUCCAACCUCUCUUUGGACAAACUUCAUGGAAUCGCCGAAAAUGGCUUGAAAGAUGAGCUUAAGGCACUGGGCUUCAAUGUUUCUGGUGAUGCACUGAAUGUUCUCUUUCCACAUCACUUGGGCCACUAUGUUGGCCUGGACGUUCACGAUUGCCCGGGAUAUUCCCGAGGCUAUGACCUGAAGGCAGGACAAUGUAUCACUAUUGAACCGUUCGUGCCCCCAGCCUAUUUUGCUUCACCCUCAAACGCGCUAACUCAUGCCAGGGGUAUUUAUGUUCCUGACGAUGAGCGUUGGCCGGCCCACUUCCGGGGGAUCGGAAUCCGUAUCGAGGAUAGUGUCUGUGUCGGAGAUGAACACCCGAUUGUUUUGACCCCCGAGGCUGUCAAAGAAGUUGAGGACAUUGAGGCUCUGCGU